GAUCAAUCAGACGGACGCGGCAGAAAGUGUGCCUCCUGUCUCCAGCUCUCAGCCACAGGCGAUCGAAAUCAGACAGACAAGAAAGAUCAGGCAUAUCCAAAACCUCCGAUAGGCGUCGCCCAAGGCAACAUACUCAACCACAAAUCACCUGGCCAGUACACUCCUAGUCAACCUUUUGCUGUAAUAUUAACGUAAGAAAGGGACACGUGGGAUGGAAAUUCCUGGGACCUCCAGAAGAUGGUUCCAAAAGCUGCGGACACAAAGAAGUGGUUUGAGAGCACUUUCAAGGAAAUAGAGGAUAUGAAUGGCCGGCUACACCACAUCCCAACUGACGAGACUUCAAUUGAUGAGAAGCUUUUACUGGGCUCCGAGAUGUCUUGGCUGCAAUCUCGAGUACGAGUGAGCUCGCUAUCCCAUCAAUGGUUUGCUGCUUCGAGAUACACCUUCUCCGCUGUUCGUUCCAUUCUUCGAGACAGCCCUUGGGAAGUACUCUCUAGUGCGUGCGACAAGUUGUACGAUAUAGGUGCGGAAAUUCACCGGCUCGAAAGACGUCUCGAUGAUCUGUUUAUGAUAUCAGAGCUGAAAGAUUCACACCCACUUCUUCAUCAUCUGGAAAUUUACAGAUAUCAAGCCCUAUCACAAUUUGAUGACAGACUGGCACCUGUUAGAGAGAAAACGCAACAGAUCGAAGCUCGCAAGGGAUCGAUAAUGUUUGCUCAAAGGUCUAGCUACGCCACACCCCGUUUGGAGUCGCGUUAUUGGCGCUAUCAAAAGGAGCAGGACCAGCUCUUUAAACAAAUGUCAAAACUCAAAGUGCUCCACGAGAUUGCCACGUCUCGACUUCUCGAACAAGAAGCAGCUCGAAAUCCCCGCUUUGCGAUUUAUCUUGUCGCGAGUAUUAUCUCUGCGUUUUCAUUUAUCAGCACUUGGAAAUCUAUCGAGAAUCAUCCCUGUCAGGAUACGCAAUGGCAUCCGUAAUCCCAACAGGCGUCAUUAGGUAAAGAAAAUUCGUGACCGCAUGUAUGGUAUUGCGCAAGUCCUCAUGGAUAGCAAGACAGAGACCAAAGCACUUGUAAAACAGCUUGCAAUGAU